CGUUAAAAUAAACAGCAACCGGUAUUUCUCAACUACCAGCUGAUAAGCAGAAUGGACAUGAAAUUGGAGAGAGAAAGUUGGAAAAGAAAAGGAGAAAUAUGUGUCUAGAUAACGAUGUACUCUUCAGACGAUAGGAAAGCGAAUAAUCGCAUUAAUCAACAUCAUAAUAUUUUAAACAAUAUCGGGUUUCAGUGAAGAAAACAUGUCAUUACGUGAAGUCGACGAAACAGCGCAUCUCGUGGUUAACUCUUCGCCCGAUGAUAUCGAGCGCAGAAUGGCGGCUGGGAGCAUCAAAGUUUACAAACGAAGAUGGUACAUUUUGAUCAUUUUUACCCUGCUAAACACGACAGGAAAUAUUCUGUGGAAUACUUGGCCACCGAUUCAAGAGACAUGCCAACUUGUGCUCGGAUGGAAUAAAACAAACGUGUUGAUAAUCGGUGCUCUUCAAGCGCUAGGAUCUAUUAUUAGCAUUGUGCCGUCCGCAUGGCUUUUAGACACGAAAGGUAAGUUUUGUGCUUUAUUUUACUGCUCCUAUUUGUACGCAUUACGAGAAUCGAUCGCUUCGUAUGCUUCCAAACGGUAAUCGAUCGAGAUUGAGUUUCGCUUUAGGAUAAUGGUCACUAAAUACCAUAGUAAAUGCUAAUGAACCUUCGAACAGAAAGCCUUUUCCUUGUUGAAGACAAAACGUCAGAGUUUUCAAUGUUGUUAGUAUAGCUGGUAUCAUUUCAGAACAUCAAAUUUUAGAAGAAGUUGUGCCUAAGGUCACGAAAUUCAAACUCUGGCGUUAUAAUUUUUUCAUCCUUUGUCCCGACUCCCCUUGCGCGAUGCGCACGAAAACAGAAAAAACAAAUCAAAACAAAACAGCGAUUAUGGCUGUUAGGCCGGCUUCAAUUUCAUUUUCUCGACAUUUUUUAUUAUAUGGUCACUAAAUACUAUUGCAAAUGCUUAUGAACCUUCGAACAUGAAGCCUUUUCCUUGAUGGAGACAAAAUGUCAGAGUUUUCACUGUGGUUAAUAUAGCCAGUAUCAUUUCAGAACAUCAAAUUCUACAGAGAGGUUGUUAACAGGGUCACGAAAUUCGAACACAGGCGUUGUAAUUAUAUUUUUUCGUAUAACUCUUAGACUUGUCCCGACUUCACUGGCGCGAUACGCCUGAAAACAGAAAAAGUAGUUAAAAAAAAAACAGCGAAUAUGGCUGUUGUGCCGGCUUCAAUUUAAUUUUCUAGAUAUUUUUUUUUUAUGAAAAAAAAAAUGGAAGGUCUCAAGUCUGCAAGGAAUAGGAGCGCAUCGUGCAACCGACAUGUGGUCAGAGACACUUUGCCGGAGUAGUGGGUUACUGUUAAAAAACGUCGAACCAUUUUUUCUAUGAAUUUUGGACUCUCUCCUGGUCCCCUUCAUAAAAUCGGUUAUGGAUAGUCCAUUAAUGCGCAUGGGUUUUUCACGAUACUGCGGCCCUUUAAUGUGCCAUACUUCCGCUUCAAAAGGAAGAAAAGUUUUCAGGUUAGAGCUCUAUCAGAGAGAAGGGAUUCAAUCAGCUGAUGAAAUGGGAAAGAUACGAAAAUUAGCCUUUAAACGUUCAUUUCUUUGGUCACCCGACAAAAGGGUCAUAAAAGUGACUUAAUUAUCACCCACACGUUUUAUUUUUUUCCAUUAUAAUGACAAGGUAUAAGAUUUCACUGCACGUAAAUAAGAUGGGUUCUAUUUUGUGUGGAUGGCCCGUCAAAGGGGGAUCCACAAAUUUUUGGUAAUUGAAGUAGUAAAUGAAAAGGUAAAUGUUUAAGUUUUGCAAAUAUACCAACACAGGAUCGCGAAAUACACGAUAUGUCAACAUUAAUUAUUUUUCUUCGUGUGAUUGUUUAGGUCUAAGAUUUGCAGUGCUAUGUUCCAUAUCACUUCAGACCUUCGCUGUCAUCUGCGAACUUAUCCCGACCCACCCUGAAUGGAGAACAGUAUUUAUAACGUUUGCAGAGUUCCUUAUCUCGGUGGCCGUACCCGCGGUUCAGAACGCGGGAGUGCUUGUGCUGUCCGCGACAUGGUUCCCGCCGCACGAGCGCAUGACCGCCACGGCUAUCGCCACGCUGGCGUCGUAUCUGGGCUCGGCUUUUAGCUACAUCGUUGGGCCUCAUCUCGUCCCAGACGUUGAUUACGGCAACUUGACUAAAUAUGAAACGGGACAGAGCAUCGACAUCGAUACAUUGAGGAAUCACACCACUCCAGAACAAAUGAAAUUUCUUUUGUCAAGAAUAAAUGAUUACUUGUUCAUCGAAGCUGUUUUGGUGGGAGUUUUACUCUUCACGGUGUUGAUUUACUUUCCUGCCAAACCGCCCAGCCCUCCAAGCCUUUCCUCCGCGGCUGGACGAUUGGAUUUUUGUUCUGGCGCCAAAACGUUACUGAAAAACCGGUCAUUCUGGUUAUUGUUGCUCAUAUUCAGUGUCAGUAACGGAGUAAACUGGGGUUGGUCUAGUGUCCAGGACCUCAUCUUUUCCGGAGUGGGAAUUGAUCAGAAGACUGCUGGCUGGUUAGGAUUCUCAGCAAAUGUCGCGUCUCUUCUUGGUAUUUCGUUUUCAUGGUAAGUAGAAAAAGAAGUCAGAUUUCAAUCUUUCGCUAACACUACGUUUUUCAAGCGUCAUACUCCACUCUUCAAUAUUAUCAGUGACAAAUUUUGAGUACACUUAACGCCAUAGGGUAAAAACUUAUUUAAGGUCAUUUCUUAGUUAUUUGAGUUUCCAUGCCAAAUGCAUAUCACUUAGGGAUGUUGGUAUCUUUACUUUUACUUGUAAAAAUGAAAAAAAGGAGACAAUUAUUUUUUCCAGAACGAUAACAGCAUAAGGACUUACGUUGGGGUUUCUACAUAAGGUGCCUGAAUCAUCGUUUGUGGGGGGAGGGGAAGGGUUCAGGGAGGGGUUGGGGGAAGAAGGUAUGUGCGACCCGCGCGCGCUUUAUGAUUCCAUCUGUGGCGCAAGCCCAAAUUCGUUCUCAAGGUCCCUCUUCCAAAAUAGAGGAAGAAGAGCGAGCUUGGGAACGAACUUGCAUCAAUAUUAUACAAUUUUACAUAUACUAUCCAUAACUUAUGUAUAUUAUUUAUAUAUUAUUUAUGUAAUUAUACAUCUUGUUGCACGUUAUUUGUUUAUCCAUAUAUUUCAACCAUUAUAUUAUUUUAUUAUAGUGAAUUAGUACAGAAGAGCCACCAUGUGGAGUACUAAUAAACCAUUAUUAUUAUUAUUAUUAUUAUUUUAUUUAUUCUCUAUAGGUAUGCCGAUCGCAUUCAGAGUUUCACCAAGCCAAUCUUAAUAUUCCUCUUUGUGGCUACGGCUGGAGCUCAAACAGUCCUAUCGCUCGCAUGUGAGGAGAUUAUUCCUCUCUCAAAACCAGUCUUCUUCGCCUCCGGUAUCUCUCAGGUCGUUCUCUUUUGUGGAACUGUUCCUCUCAUCAUGGAACUCGCAGCAGAGUGCACAUAUCCGGUAGCUGAAGGUAUCACUUCCGGUGUAAUGGUCCUAUCUGUAUACGUCAUCAAUUUGAUCUUCUUCAUUGCUUUUAUGUUCCCGCAAGCGAGCCCGCGAUGGAUGAACUGGUUACUAGUCUCCUCGACCGUGGUGUGUAUUCCGCUUGUUGCAGUAUACAAAGCGAAGUACAAGAGACUGGAUGUAGACGAGUCAAAACAGAGUUAAUAAUGAAUUAAUUAUUUACUUACUUUGCAUAUAGAGAUAAUUUGUAGUUGCAGGAGCCUGAGUAAUGGGCCCCUGGUAGUUGUUAAUAAAGGCGAUGUCGCGCUUUAAUUGCUGAGUGGUUCAGAGAAAAAUGUGUAGGGACAAUAGGAAUGAUAAAAAUUUAUUCCUUGUGGAAACGAAAUCCUAACCUCCAAGUCAACGGACACACCCUGUUACCAGCAGCAACAGCCACGGCCACCUCCAUCAUCAACAACAGCGACAGCAACUAAAGAAGGACAAGAUCACCUCUUUUAAUCUCUGAAAAAAAACGUUUUUGCUCUAAUGUGUAAAUUUAGUACUUUAAUACGGGAAGCCUCUUGGAGAAUAAGGCCAUACCAGAUUAUUCGCGAUCUCUCCGUUUCGAGUUCUAUUAGUUGCGAAUGUAAAGGUGUAUUUUCUCAACAAGAUACGGCUUCAACAACACAGGUUUGCACCGCGGUAUUCGAUUAUUCAUUCGUUCAUAUAUUUACUUUUUUUUUUUUAUUCAACCAUUCAAUUAUUCUUUCAUUUAUUCUUUCAUUAUCUAAAUCUAUUUAUCGUUUUUGUGUAGGAUAACGGUAGUGACAAGCCGAAUACUUUACGCCUCUUCGAUAUGGUGGCAUUGACGUCUCGCAGCAAAGGGGUUUCGCCUUAGUCUGACAAUUGCGAAACAUUUUCCAUUCCUUAUGUUUUCUGAUGCAUCCAUUUUGUUUUGCGGCACAGCUAAAGAAACUUAUCUGUAUAAUGUUGUGAUUGUAGUAAUACGUUAUUGUAGCUCAUUUGGGCGUUGGUAGGAAAUCAAGUUACUCUAGAUUUAACUCAACUAAAUUUAACGCUACGUAACGUUUUAAUUUCACAUUUUACGUGACGAAACUCCGCUAUCUUGAAUAAAGCCCAGUGCUUUCAUUACUGGCCGAAGUAUCCUGGGCACAACAGCAGGUGUGUUUACAGUAUACUCGACAGGUGCUAAUUUGUCCAUCCAUUCAACACACAACACUGUUUCCCGGACGAUCUUGGGACUCUUCAAAUAUCCAGCAAUCUUGAUAUGCCCGCGGAUAUCAAAGAAAUUAAUCUUAUUUGAAGCAACUCACUGCUUAAUAACAACACCUUACCGAAUUUUUUUUAUCGCGGAAGCUGAUUCAAAAUGUUGUUUUGGUUUCUAAUGUACAUCUAGCUGUAAAAAAGCGUUGCAAAUUGUACUGAAGGAGAAUCAAGCGGUGAGUAAACAAUAGAGAUGUUUAAUUUUUUUUCUUUAAGAAAAUGAGCCGAGGGAAAAAGUAACAGGCUCUUACCGAUAUCGGGUAGAAACUGAGCGAAACACGUUACUGAAGACAGGUCCAAAGGGUCGUUUUCCAUUCAAAGCAGGGUAAAUUAAACACAAAACCUUACAUGUUAAAAUUUUAAGAUGAUACCUUCCGCACUUACGUCGUCAUCGCCAUUGAAUUAUUAAUGAAUAGGUGCUAAAGCGCUUAUUUCUGAAUUUUAACGACUACAAUUACUUAAGAAAGCUAACCGCAUACCCUCUGUUCCCUUUACAUUUACUUCAGAGGGAAAUUUGUCAUCGAAGAAAAUACUUAUUUUCUCCAUCUUGUUAAGAAUUUCCGUUUUUUUAAUGCUAAAAUUUUAAUGUAAUUUUAAGAUGAGGGUAGGAAAGGAACUUUAUACCGGCAAUGGGAAAACUUAGUAAGCCUUACCUCCUUUUUUUGCUUUUGCGCAAUUUUAAGUAGAGAGAGAAGAGGAAGGAAGGCUUUCUUUGAAUACGUAUUUUGUCAUCUGAUGGUAGGUGGGAAGGAGUAACCUUAAAAAAAGUCGCGAAAAUACUUAUUUUCUGCAUCUUGCAGAAAAAACUUUCUUAUUUUUGAUGCUUAAAUUUGUAUGGAAUCUGAGAUGACGACAAUAUAGAGAUUUUAUACAACCCAACAACUCAGUAAGCCUCACUUCCUGUUUUUUCUGUACGCAACUUUUGAGUAUAGACAGGAGCCCGGGCUCCUGGUGUAGAGAAAGUUCUUAGGAAGGCAUGCCUUUUUUGAGUAAACUCAUGGUUGGGGCAAAGAAGCCUUUAAAAAAUUUUUUGCAAGUCACUUCGAAUACAACUCAAAAUGAUAUCUUGAUCACCAAAUUAUAAUUCUUGUAAAUCCUUUGAUCAUUAGACGACACUUCCUUUGGAGAGAAUUUUACCACAAUUGUGUUUUGUUGUUUUUUUCAGCCAUUGUUAGAUCUUAUAGGGAAAGGCCAAACCAAUAUUAAGAGCCAGUAAACACCUGAAGGUUUUUAUCCGGUUGUUAAUGGCAGGUUUGCACAGUUGUCUCCCUUCAUUGUUUGCCCGCUCUUAGCAACCUUCCUUUAUCAACACAUAAUCUUUUACUGCACCUGUGGUUCAAUUUUUUCACCUUCCUUACAAAGGAACACUAACUGACUCGGAGUGCGCACAACAUCUAUAUAUACUGCGUUCACACUUCAUACGCUUUAGAGAAAUGAACUCCUAAAAGCGGAAAGAAACAGCAAUUUAGUGUUAAUGAGACUGCUCUGGAGUCGAAGAAAUCUGAAGUUAUGCUCUUUACUGAAUAAAUUGGGCUAUGUAGUUCUGAAAGUUUUGGAUGUGUCCAAACAUGAAAAGAAAGUAUGAUAAAAUGGGAAUACAAAAAUAUCUCAGAGAGAUUUCCACACGGUAUACUGCCAGCCGUAUCAUUGGGCUAGACAUCAAUAAGUGCUUGUCCCUUUUCAUGCUUGUUAUAAUUUUAUUCACAGGUUGCAUUUUAGCUUUGAAUGGAUCAGCAAGAUGCCUUUGAACGACUUCGUUAGCAGGGGAAUUCAGUACCACGGAAUAGAAUUUCGAAUCCAGGGCCGCGCCCGGUCUACAAUACCCCGGGCAAGGCGAGGAGCUUCUUCAUCUCACGAGAGCAAAGACAACAAAGGUUUGGCUUUUAAAGUUUUCUGGUGCUUUGAGGUUCACGCUUUCGUGGCUUGUCCCGGCAUCCUGGGUCCUAGUGGAGCAGGUAUCACGUGAGGGCAUGGGGCGGAAGUGAGCUUAAAGGCAACAAGCUUUACCCCUCCGUUCACUCAUCACUAUUUUGUCCGCCGGCUUUCGCCCCCUGUUCUCACUCGGCUCCCACUCCGGUUUCGCUUCUUUCGCUUUGAUAAAAGGAAAAAUAAGGUUUGCUACAGCAGUUUAUAAGUAUGGCCACUCCUUCCGGAUAGAAUUCUGAAUCAUGCAGGUUGUCUUCUCCCCUUGCGUUUUUUAUUGCUCCGUUUUCUGUAUUAAUUCUCCCAAUUAUGGGCAUGCGUGGGGCGAAGUGAGCUAAAAAGCGACAAGCCCUACCCCUCCCUCCGCUCAUCGCUUUUUUUCCGCUCUCGCCUCAUGCCCUCACUCGGCUCCCGCACCGUUUUCGCAUCAUUCGCUUAUUCAUACACCGUGCGGUUUUGAUUGCUCCGUUUUCUGUAUUUAUUCCCCCAAUACCCCAAUUAUACUUUUAGAAGAUGGCUGUGAGAGGUACUGAAAUUUCUCGCUGGAGAGCAAAACGACACAUUGAAUCCAACCAAGCCGGCUAACAAGGACUCAGGUUAUGAACCGUUACACCACCGCCUCUGCCUCUUUUUGCGGAGCUUUUACUGUAACGCUUUAUUAUUUUUUGUUCAAAUCGACAGCCACCCUCGAUGACAGAAAUUUACCGCAACACGUCUCACCGAGAUGUUUAUGCAGGAUCUCCGACAAUGGAUACGCGUAUAGCUGCCCUGAUGUUAUGUUUCCAUCUGGGUUCACGACAAAUGAGUGUAAUAUGUUGGCAACACGACAAAGAGCAACAAACUACCUUUUCCAUAUUUAUAACGAUAAUGGACAGCCUGUAGAGUCGGCGCAAAGAACGAACAGUUUUCGCUCUUCGAGUCUGGGCUUUAAAUCCGUCAGCGCACCAACUGUAAAUAAAAUGAUGUCUCCUUUAGGGAUAACAAAUCGCUCUCUGUCUUCAAGCAAGCGUGUUAGGUCUUCUGUUUUGUCCAGGAGAAGUGAAAAGGACAACAGAACAACAGCACCUCGCAGAGAAAGCCUUGUGCAUGAAAAGGAAGCUACUAUUGACGAUUCCUCAACAGUGAUAAUAAUUCGAAGCUUGAAUCGUGAUCUUUCUCCAUCUGCGCGAUUAGAGCGCUAUUUAAUAAGCUUGCAACGGGCAGGGUACCUAACAUGUGCCAAAAAAAAUUGGAGGGAAAAUGCUUCGGUCGAGUUAACUAGAGGAAUCACAAAAAAUGGGGAAAUUACGUUAAAGUCAAAGUUUCCACCCCAUCCACCGGUGUAUUUAUUUGAUAGAACGAUAAAAGAUUCCCCAUUUGAUAAUAAAAACAGACGAUAGAUAUCUACUUAUACCAAAAGAAGUUAAACAGGCACAAAAACGUAGCUUCUGUUUAUUUAUGAAAAAAAUAAAUGCAAACGUAUGUUGAUUACGCACUCAUUUCACUCAAAUCAGAACACAUAUCGCUUACAAACUUUAUGGGCGGCCGUCACCGCCAAAAAUAUAGGCAUAAUAAAUGGUUUGUAAUAAACAGAAAUAGUCUAAUUGUCUUUCGGAGAACGGUUCAUCUUAUCUCAAAAGAUUUAUCUACAAUACAAAUGGACAAGUUUUGGUCUUAUUCAAACAAAAAUGGUUUUAUCUAAAAUGGGUAACCAAAUUGAUUCAAUAACGACCUUUGGUGUUAAUGAAAUGGUUCAGUGUCGAAAUGACAAACAUCUAAGCUUUUGGCUCAAUGACUAAAAACCAAAUGGUCAAUCGGUCUGGCUUAGUAUCGCAAACCAUUUGAAAUGGUUUAGCGUGACCCUAAAUGGUUUAGCGUGACGACUAAUGGUCUUGUGCAAACCGAAAUGAUUUAGUGUUAGAGCAGAUGGUUUACGCCGUAACCGCCAAAAAUAUAAAAGUGAAAUGGAUAAGUCAAGCUUGAAAUAAAAUAGUCUAUGUGGGGUCUUACGUCACAACCCUUACGUCAUUCAGAUCGAAUUUGGCGCUACACUCGUCAGAACGAGAUAUUCGCCAAGUCGUCCACUCGACGUUGUAUUAGACUCAGGUAUUACCUCAAGGUAAAAUAAGAAUCUGAAACAAAAGGAAUGACAAAAAUACAGAUAAAAUGCAUCAUUUUACGCGACAGCACACUUACAGUCUAUACAGUAAGGACCAUUGCUAGGAAACGUGAUAAAGCGAUUCAAUGCCGGUUUUAGGACUUUAAAACUGCUGCACUUUAAAUGGAGAAUUCUUACCAUUGUUACGUGUGACCGUUGUAAAAUGCAUCAUUUUACGCAACAACACAUUUAAAGUCUAGACAGUUAGAACCAUAGCUAGGAAACGUGAUAAAGCGAUUCAUUGUUUUAAGACGACGAAACCACGACUAAAGGGCGCCUAAAAACUAUAAAAACUAAAGGGUUGGGACGUAAGACCCCACAUAGACUAUUUCAUUUCAAGCUUGACUUGUCCAUUUCACUUUUUUUAUUUUUAGCGGUUACGGCGUAAACCAUCUUCUCUAAUACUAAACCAUUUGUCGUCACGCUAAACCAUUUCAUUUUACGGUGAGUAGACUGGUGCGAUACUAAGCCAUUGCGGCUUACGAUUAACCAUUUGCCGAUAACUUAACACUCAUUUCAUUUCACCAAAGGCGAUUUGUCCAUUUGUAUUUUAGAUAAAUCUCUUGAAAUAAGAUAAAUCGUUCUCCAAAAGACAAUUAGACCAUUUCUGUUCAUUACAAACCAUAUAUUAUGCCUGUAUUUUUGGCGGUGACGGCCGCUCAUAACACUUCAGUGUGUAAAAAGGAAAGAAAAGAAAAGAACCGAGAAACCCCUCAGUUUCCCAGUUAAUUCUCUAAACUGCAAACGAAGAAAGAAAAUGGAAUUUAUUAAUUGAGGAUGAAGUCAAGGGAAGAAAGACUAAAACCCCAAAGGAAAAUCUCAAACAGGUACUGAUCCGCAGCCCUCCCGCAUCAAGUGCGCUGUGUGCAUUCGUGACCGAAGGCAAGCUAGCCACUUGCGGGAAUAAACGCGAGAAUAAAACCAAGUUUUACUUUACUUUUCGAUCACUUACAUAUUAAAUAGCUCUCCUUGGCUUGUCGUCUUUGAAAUAGACGAAAAGAAAUGUUAUCUCGCGUGACUUGGAGUUGACGCGCGCGAGUUGAAACGAAGUGUAGUCAUAUUAUAUUCUUACCCUGUCCUCCCCCGCAGAGUCUUUCCUGAACGGUGAUCACAUGACGAUAUAAAUACUGUGAACUCACCGGCGGUAAAGUAAGAAGUUUCCUUCGCUACUGAUUUUUUCCUUGCCCCUAAGGUGUAAUUCUGCACUAAGGUUAUUCCAGAGGGAGAGGAAAAAGGGCUUACGUUGUUCCAAGUAAAGUAGUGCAUGCUUUCUCAUUUUGAAGCUAUAUUUGGGACGCCGGUCGGGUCCUAAAAUUCUGUGCAAAAAACCGGAAACAGCGGAAGAGAAACCUUUCCAAAAAAUUAAGAAGCCUUUUCAAACGCAAAGUGAAAGAGAAACUUUGUAAUUUGCCUGUCUUUUGGCUUCGCAAUCACAAUGAACCAAGGGAAAUCCUUCGAGGAGAGAGCAGCAUUGCUUCGUUCUGAUGAUCGCCGAUACAAAUCCAUGGGAUCUGUUCACCAGAAUAAAUGCAAAAUUUACAAGCGGCGAUGGUACAUUUUGGCAGUCUUCUCAGUCGUUGCUGCAUUGAAUAAUUUGAUCUGGAAUACGUGGGGACCCAUACAAGGCACUUCACAAGUGGUGUUUGGCUGGGAUAGUACGACCAUAACGUUGCUUGCAGAUUGGGGUCCAAUUUCGUUCGUGGUCACAGUAGUACCAAUGUGCUGGCUUAUGGAUAUGAAAGGUAAUUGGAAGAAAGAGUAAUGAAGUUAAAAGAUAGAUUGCAAGAUUCCAAGCGAUAGCAUGUGAUUCUUUUACAGUUUGUUUGAUUUUCUUGAAGCACUGUAAUGAUCUGUUGUACGCUUCGUAGGUUUUUUUUUGUGGUAGAGAUCUUUUCAACUGAGUGUUGAAAGCAAAGCCAAAGUGUUCGUAAUAGUCGAUCACAACGAAGGAAAAUAUGUUACGAGGCCAGUGAGAAUCUAUAGGACUGACCUGAAGCUAAGAAAAAUUUAAGUGACUUGAUAAUGCUCUGGUAAUCAGCCAACAUAUGAACUGAGAUUUCAUCUGACCUCUGGUACCCGUUUUUCAGAGGUAAAUAAUGCUUCUCAUUGGAUACUUCUCUAUCUGGUGGCUAUGGCAAUAUGUUUUGUUGACGCUUAUCCCCUGGAUAGCGAUUUAUCCAUUGGAUAGCAUUACUGGCCCUUUGAACAACUGGAUCCUGGUCAGUUCAUAAAAGUUGACCAUUGGGCAACUGGUAAACUUUGAACUGGUGGAUUUGCCAGGAACACAAGAUCUAUUCAUUGUGUAGUGGUUGUAACUGUACAUCCUCCUCCUUUUUGCUUCUUUAUUCUCUAGGUUUAAGAGUAGCUGUUCUGGCGGCUGUUUUCUGUGAAUUCAUUGGAGCAGGUCUGCGAUGUAUACCCCUUAAUGGUGAACAUGUUACCCUUCAAACUUGGCUCAUCCACUGUGGACAAUUCAUAACUGGAAUUGGAGGACCCAUUGCCAUGGCAGCAGCUCCAAUGGUGUCUGCAGCAUGGUUUCCUCCAGAUCAGCGAACAACAGCUACAGCCAUUUCCUCCCUUGCCUGCUAUAGUGGAACUGCACUUUCUUUUAUUCUUGGACCCCUUAUGGUUCCAGAUGUGGGGGAUAUGAAAGCUGCACAAAAUUUAACCACUAACUCAGGGAUUGACUAUUUGGCUUUAAGAAAGCUUUUCAACCAGAGUGAGAUUGACCAUUUGAGACAUAAAAUCAUGAAUCUCAUGUACACUGAGUUGGGGAUCACUACUAUAACGAUGCUCUUUGUUAUCUUCCAUUUUCCUGAGAAGCCAAAGCUACCACCGAGCGUUACUGCUGCUAUGGGACGGCUGGAAUUUAAAAUUGGUGCCAAGAACUUACUGAAGAAUGGCCAGUUCUGGUUGUUGGUUUUUAUUUAUGGUAUGGGAACAGGAGUCUAUGGCGGUUGGUGCUCGAUAUUGGAUCUUAAUCUCUCACAGUUCCACAUUGAUCAGAAAACAGCUGGAUGGUUGGGAUUUGGGGCUGUUGUAGCUGGAUCAGUCUCAGGAAUUUCCCUCUCAAUGUAAGUACUAUAUUGUUAUGCGUAGAAGGUUUUACAUGAUGCAAGUUUAGUUGACGGCCUAGUCAAUCUGCCUCUUGUAUCUGGUAAUCAGCAGAGAGACUUAGAACCGUGACAAGAGAGUAUGGAUUGCUUUCAGCCUUCCAAUCAUUAACCCUGUACACCUUAAAAUCAGUAUGCAUAUUCUCCAUACUGUUCUUUACACAUUUUCUAAGAUAAUGAGAUGGAGAUUAAGUGUGGAUGCCAACAAUUAGAAAACAUUAAAGCCAGCAAAGCACAACUAAUCAAUGAAUGCCUUAGGAAAUCAUGGUUACAUUGUUCUUACUUUUUUAUGCAAUGGGGUGACAAAAAGGAAAGGAAAACAAACUUGAUUAUUACCAAAUUCCUAGAGCUAAAAUCCCAACAAAAUGUGUCGCAGACAGUAAAGGGAAUUUUAAUUGAGAUCAUGAGGGUAAAGUGGUUAAGAACUAAACAAAAUGUAAGAAAAACCUAGAUAAACUUUACCAUUUUUGUUUGGAGAAAAAAUGGACUGGAAUUAAAAUGAGGCCCAGUCAGUGUGAAUCUCUGAUUGUUACACUUGUGAAGACACUUGUGGUUUAGGUUAUGUAGGCCUUUUGACCCCCAAGAGUUACUAAUGAGAACAGUAUGGAGAAUAUACAUACUAUGUUGGGGUGUAAAGGGUUAACAAAAUACCAAAGCUAUGUUGAUUUGUGUUAGUAUUCACUUACAAUUUAUUGGUAAUAUUGUUUCCUUAGAUUUGCAGACCACUUCACUCGUUACAUGAAGCUGAUUGUUAUAGCACUCUUGACUGGUGCCACAGUAUCACUGAUGAUAUUUACUCUGAUUUGUGCUGGUGUUAUUCCAUACUCAAAAGUGGUCCUGUUUGUAACCAGCAUCCUGGGAGGACUGUUUGUAAAUGGAACAAUUCCUUUGUUCUUUGAAUUAGCAGUGGAAUCUACGUACCCAGUUGCAGAGGGAAUCACUUCAGGUUUUCUUACAUUCUCCAAUAAUUUCCUGCAAGUUGUUUUCUAUAUCUUUCCAAUGCUGCCAAAGUUUGGGUUGAGAUGGAUUAACUGGUGCACAUUUGUGACAACUGCCCUUUGUAUUCCUCUACUGGCACUUUGGAGGCAAAAGCGUUACCGCUCUGAUGUUGAUGCCAAAGACUGCUACAUUCCUGCCCCACAUAACAGAGAAUUGAAUGGUGAGGUUAAUUAUGGUGGCGUGUCAUCUACUAGUACAAAUGGACAUCCUUCAUUUCCUUCAAUACAGGAAAACACUGAUGGUUUGACUCCCAGUGCAUGAAAUUGAUACUCCCAGUUUUUUUGAUAAUUUGGAUAACUUAACCUCCCCAAAUGUAUUUACACAACCCUCCUGUUGACAGCAAUUUAAAGGGGAUAUUUACAGGGUUGAAUGUUUCCUAAGUUUUACUCCUUGAGCCAUUAUCUUUCUUUGACACCUUCUUUGCCUUGGUUCAUACAGAGGAGCUUCUUACUAUUCCUACUGAAAAGAUAUAUCACUAAGAAUUCAUCCUUCCAUUUUAGAAGUUGAAGGGAGAUAGGGAGAAGUCAUUCCUGAAAAUAAAAAAGGAUGUUGAAAUUUUAUCCUGGUCACCAUGUAUGCGUAAUACUCAUAACUAUCUUGAUUGAUAAACCUUUAACCCCUUAGAGUGUGUGCCUUCUAGUUUCUCCUUACAAUAUCACCAUUAAAUCAAAUGUUGAAGUCACAAGUAUAAAAGAAAGGGUCACCAAUUUAACCCUUUAACUCCCAAGAUCUGAUUGUUAAUUCUCCCCUCUAGCUGCUACACAUUUCCUUGUAAAUUAGUUAUGAGAACUUGGUGUUAGAUCAAGAUAGCAGCUUCUACCUGGUAACUUUGAAUAUUCUCAUUGCCUGUUUGCUGAAUGAUGUAUGGAUAUUGUAGGGAGAGGUUUUAUGUUAAUCACUUCUGGGAGUUAAAGGGUUAAGAAGCUCUUGAUUGUCAAAACAAAUUCUCCUUGUCAGCACCAUAGGAAAUGUAAAGAGAACACUGUGCAGAAUACCAAUACCAGUGUUAGGGUGUAAGGGGUUGAUUUGAUUUCAUUUUAUUGCAAAUUGAAAUUUGUUUUGUGUCACUUAUGGGCUUAUGGGCCUUGUUAAAUAUUUAACACUCAGGCAUAUAUCCUUAUAAAAAUUUUCAAAGUAUUUAUUUGAUACUGUCAAUGUGUUUGUUCUCCUCACUUAAACCUUCUCCUUAUUUCUGUAGUACAACAUAAUUGGGAUGAUCCAUUUACCAAUGUGAGGGUAAUUCUCAAUUAAUUAUUGAAAGUCAUCUGGAAUUACCCACAUUGAUUUUGGUAGCUUUGCCCAGUGAAUGUACCUUGUGUUAUUUUUUUUUUAAGGCUGUUAUUGGCUGUUGUGACACCUUUGAAUUUAGUUGUAAUGGUACUCAAAUUAACUGCCCAUUGCAUGCUCAGGUGAUGAUAGCAAUGAAACAAGUGUACCACUGAUUUGAUUUAGCAUCGAACUUCCUGGAUGACUAUGUACUGUGUUACAUUUGUAAAGCAAAUCAACGUAAAAGCAAUUAGAACAUUUUUCAUUAAGUAUGCAAGGUAACACUGACUUGCCUUGGUCAUAAUAUAUUACACCCUGUGAUCUGUACACAAAACUUUUGCUACUGAUUAUGCAAUAUCCUUUUUUACAUGAAAUAAUUACAUUCACUUUUUGGUGAGCUUCUAUUAAAAAGUGCUCCUGGGGUAAUUUAUAACAGUUAACCUUACUCAGAAUAGAAUUAUAGUCUCAAAGUUUACUCUUUUCCUCCAAAUUAAUAGUUAUCACGUAUGGUGCACUUUAAGAUAUAUUUUUAAAUGCAUUAUCAAAAAAUUACUGUACAAUUAUUUUAUUAUGAGAUUACUUCUUUGACAGAUUAUUGACAACACAAAUAAAUGUUAUUGACACAUCC